AUGUCGGCUUCAGAAUUCGAAAACAAGGAGAUCACACCCUUCUCCCUUGUUAAUCCCAACAAGACCACCUGGGCGACAACGGCCUCCAGUAUCGUGCCCCCGAAUCGCUCGUGUGCCAUCAUUACUCCUGGCAAUGUCCUGGGCCAGAUAGACUACAAAUCCCUGCGAAAAAGCGGCGGCAUCCAAGAAGGUGAUAUGUUCACUCUCACGUCUGCGAUCGGGACGCAAGUUGGCGUCCACGUGUAUGAGCCCAGCCCAGAAGCAGCGAAUGACGUCGUUGUCAUCUUCUUCCAUGGCAACGUCCGACCAACCCGAUAUAACCCUGAUAUCAUCACACCGUUUUUGAAAUGCGGCGCUACUGUUGUCGGUCGAGAUCUUCCCGGGUACGAUCAGAGCUCCUUUGUUCCUAACUCCCCGGGAUCGGUGGAGCUUGCAGCUAUCGCAAACGACGAAGUAUUUAUGAAGUGGGUGCUGGGGAAGUACAAGACCUCCCGUAUUGUCUUGUGUGGCCGUUCGAUCGGGACCUUGGGCUGGGCCAGCCAACUCUCGCACCCGAGAGUUGUCGGCGCGAUUGGUAUUGUGCCGCUUCACAGCGUAUCAUCUCUGAUUCGUCCUGUAAUUGAGAACAAGAGCUCGGAAUUUGUGGCGAGUUCGCUAGCGAGCGUUUCAGUCCUCGGAUUUCUUGAAUCUGUCGUUGAUGCCAUUUACCCUGCCAACUGCUAUUCGGAAAAUCUGGAAGGCUUCACAACUAAAGGGUUUCGGGUCACAGGAUUUGAUUCUGGGGUUGGUGGGAAACGCGUGACCCUCUUCCCAGCGAGUCAAGACUCGAUUGUCCCGAAGGAUGCGGCAAACGAACUAAAGACGAUGCUGGAAGCGUCGAGCGUGGAUGUAAAGAUGCAGACACUAGAGGGGUCACACAACGCUUUGCCCACCGCAGAGCAGUUGCGAGAAGCCUUUGAGAGAACGCUCGGGUAG